GCCAUGUCGGAGCGGCGGCCGCUGCGGCUGCUCGGCCUGCACGGCUACCGGCAGAACGAGCGGCGCUUCCGCGAGCGCACCGGGGCGCUGCGCAAGGCCCUGCGCGGCCGCGCCGAGCUCGUCACCCUCAGCGCGCCGCACCGCGUGCCCGACGGCGAUGGCGACAGCGACGACGACCCCCGCGCCUGGUGGUUCUCCGGGCCCGGCACCUUCGAGGCGCGCGAGGAGGCGGCGGCGCCCGACGGGCUGGACGAGUCGCUGUCGGCCGUGGCGGCGGCGCUGGCCGAGCACGGCCCCUUCGACGGGCUGCUGGGCUUCAGCCAGGGCGCCGCGCUGGCCGCCAUGGCGUGCGCGCUGCGCGCCGCCGGCGACGGCCGCUUCCCCGUGGCCUUCGCCGUGCUCGUGGCCGGCUUCGCCAGCCGCGCGCCCGCCCACGCCGCCUUCUACCGGCAGCCCAUCGCGCUGCCCACGCUGCACGUCGUGGGCCGCGCCGACGCCGUCAUCGCCCCCCAGCUCAGCUGGGAGCUGGCGCGGAGCUUCGUGGAGCCCGUGGUGCUCGAGCACCCCGGCGGGCACUUCGUGCCGGCGGCGGCGCCGCAGAAGAAGGGCUACCUGGACUUCCUGGAGUGCUUCCAGCCCGCGCAGGGCCAGCCCCGCGCGCAGGGGGCCGGGGCUGUGUGAUGACAGCAGCCGUAACGGGGCUCCCGUGAAGCACACGCAGCCGUCGGGUCGGAGGCUCUGCCUGCCCCUCUGCUCGGCGCCUGCAACAAGGGCCUGGUGCUCUUGCUCUCCUCCUGUGCAGUGUUAAUGCAAAGCCAGGCAAAACUGCCCUUUUGGGUCUUUUUUUUAUUUUUCUUUCUCCAAUUUGGUGAAAAAAUAAGAGUUUGAGAGUGAGAAGGUGACAUGGUUCUGCCUGUUACGUGCUGGGGGUUUUGGGAAGCUUGGGCAGCCAAAGGUAGAGCCCCUGCCUUAUCCAAAGGGAAUGACUGCGGAGCA